AUGUCUGAUAUUGCCGAUAAGACUGCUGAACAAUUGGAGCAAUUGAAUUUGCAAGAAGCUCCUCAGACGGCCCCAACCUCUACCGAUUCCGAUAGCCAAAAGGUAGAGACUUCAACCGCUUCUCUUUAUGUAGGUGAGUUGGAUCCAACGGUCUCUGAAGCCUUGUUGUACGAUAUCUUUUCACCAAUCGGAUCUGUUUCUUCAAUCCGUGUUUGCCGUGACGCUAUUACCAAGACAUCUCUUGGUUAUGCUUACGUUAACUUCAACGACUAUGAAGCCGGUAGACAAGCAAUUGAAAAGUUGAACUACACUCCAAUCAAGGGCCAACCAUGCCGUAUUAUGUGGUCUCAACGUGAUCCAUCUUUGAGAAAGAAAGGUUCCGGUAACAUCUUUAUCAAGAACUUGCACGCUGAUAUCGACAACAAGGCUCUUCACGAUACCUUCUCUGUUUUUGGUAACAUUUUGUCAUGUAAGAUUGCUACUGAUGAAGUUACUGGUAACUCCAAGGGUUUUGGUUUCGUUCAUUUCGAAAGUGAUGAAGCUGCUAGAGAAGCUAUUGACGCCAUCAACGGUAUGUUGCUAAACGGUCAAGAAGUUUAUGUUGCUCCUCAUGUUUCUAGAAAGGAUCGUCAAUCUAAGUUGGAAGAAGCCAAGGCUAACUUCACCAACGUUUACAUCAAGAACAUCAGUUUGGAGACUCCUGAACAAGAAUUCGAAGAAUUCUUCAAGAAGGUUGCUCCUGUUACUUCAGUCCACUUAGAAAAAGACUCUGAAGGUAAAUUGAGAGGCUUCGGAUUUGUCAACUAUGAAACUCAUGCUGGUGCCGCUAAAGCCGUUGAAGAAUUGAACGGUGUUGAAUUCCACGGUCAACAACUACACGUUGGUCGUGCUCAAAAGAAAUACGAACGUCAACAGGAAUUGAGAAGACAAUACGAACAAUCCAAAUUGGAAAAGAUGGAAAAAUACCAAGGUGUUAACCUUUUCAUCAAGAAUUUGGACGAUUCUAUUGAUGAUGAACGUUUGAGAGAAGAAUUUUCUCCAUUCGGUACCAUCACUUCUGUUAAGGUUAUGACCACUGAAAAUGGUAAGUCUAAGGGUUUCGGUUUCGUUUGUUUCUCAACCCCAGAAGAAGCUACCAAGGCCAUCACUGAAAAGAACCAACAAAUUGUCGCUGGCAAGCCACUUUACGUUGCCAUUGCUCAAAGAAAGGAUGUUAGACGUUCUCAAUUGGCUCAACAGAUCCAAGCUAGAAACCAAAUGAGAUACCAGCAAGUCACCGCUGCAGCUGCUGCCGCAGCCGCUGGCAUGCGUGGUCAAUUCAUGCCACCAAUGUUCUACGGUGUCAUGCCACCAAGAGGUGUUCCAUUCAAUGGUCCAAACCCACAACAAUUAGCUGCAAUGGGCGGAAUGCCAAAGAAUGGCAUGCCACCACAACAAUUUAGAAACGGUCCAAUGUAUGGUGUUCCACCACAAGGUGCUCCACAACAAGCAGGUUUCGUUAGAAAUGGUGCUAACGCAAACCAAUUCUACCAACAGAAGCAAAGACAAUUGUUAGGUGAACAACUUUACAAGAAAGUUUUUGCAAGGACUUCUGACGAAGAGGCCGCUGGUAAGAUCACCGGUAUGAUUUUAGACUUGCCCUCUCAAGAAGUUGUUCCUCUAUUAGAAAGUGAUGAAUUGUUCGAACAACAUUUCAAGGAGGCUUUUGCUGCUUAUGAAACCUUCAAGCAAGAACAAGAGCAACAAAACGUUCAAGCUGCUUAA